GUGUAUUGCCCUUUAAGUGAGCGAACGUCAAAUGUCCGCCUUGCAGUGGCUGGUUCUAGCCCUCCACAGUCAACCGCGCUUCAGUACUUGGUACGUGCGCGUGAAGGUGCACAGGUUCGGUGACACUGCGUCCCGCUCGUGGGGAAUACGAGGAAACUGGGAAAAACUUUUAAGGACAGCAAUAACAGACAAAACACCGCGUAGCAUAUUAUCGCUGCCAUCGUGCAAAAUUGUUUGAAUUUAUAGGAAAAUGGCAGAUCCAAUGACCCAGUCCGCCCAGAUAUCGUCGUCGCCUGGGCUUGCAGAUGGACAGAACUCUGUUGCGGCCAAAGACUCAAAAAUGUCCGAUUCCUUUCUUUCCUCUUCGCCUGUAUCUCUCAUUCAGUCUCCUCAAGACAAAAAGGUGGUGCUGGGCUCUGACAAACCCUGCCCAGAAGGUGUGGCCACCUCACUUCGCUUCACCGGGCCUUCUCAGCCCGGCUCGUUUUCCCCUGCGAACCACGGGCGUGACGCGUCAUCGGGUUUGCCUGACGGUAAGCCGGAUGAUUCGCCGGUCGUAACGUCCCCAGUGUCUGAGAGGAUAAAGGCUCUAGAAGCCCUGGCAGCCAAAAAGAAGGAGCCAGAGCUGAAGAACGAAGGGGGCUUCCCCCACUUCAAAGAACGUCACUAUGAGAAGUCUGCUCCUGAGGUGAUUGCAGAGACCACCUCACCUUUCCAGAAGAAGGGAGCAUCCACCGAUCAGGAAUCGCCAGAAUCCCCAUUUGAGGUCCUGGGGGAAGCUCGACAAGGGAGCGAGUUUGAAGACACUGCAGACUGGAUGAGAGCUCACUUGCCACCUGUGCCGGCCUUCGAAGACAAAGAAUAUACAAGCAAAGAUGAUGUGUCAGAGAAUGGUGGCAAAUUCAAGGAGGUGAAAGUGGCAGAUAAAGUGGUGCCUGACAUUUCGGAAGCAUUUGCAUGUGUCCCUGAUGCUUUCAUGGACUCUCCCAUUGAAGGUCCUCAACAGAAAAAUCUGUUCAAAGACCCUGGGCAGCACUCUAGUGUUGAGGAAGAAUCUGAAUUUGACCUGAGCUUUCUACCUACAGCUUACAUGACUGAAACCCAAGGUCCCCUUGACGUUGAGCUGCCUGCCUCACCUGCCCCUCCUGCAGGUUUUGACACACACUCUCCCCCUCCCUCUCCCCCACCUCCCUCUGACUCUGAAGAGAAGGUCUCGAAGAAUAAACAGGUCCCAUGGGGGGGUGACCUGGAGCCCCCAGAGGUUGUCGAAGCUGACAGCUCCGGAGACUCCGAUGACACUGUCAUUGAGGAUGCCGCCUCCAUCCCUGCUUCCUCCCUCCAAUCCAUUCCUGACACCUCUUCGUCAGGUGAUGCUGUACCUGCACCCAACCCCUCUGUUCCCUCUGUCCCUACUGAAGAAAAGGAAACCCUGCCAGCAAAGCAGCCAAUGCGUGUACCUACCAUUAAUGUAAUUGAGACAGAUGAGCCAAAUUACAGUGAUAUGGAGAUGGAAAUGGAGGAGGAGGAGGAGCAGGAGGAGGAAAGUUGUGAAGUUGUGAAAGACUCAUCAAAGUACUCCGUGCAAGAGGCACCAAAAACCCCUGAGCCACAACCAAAUGUGACUGAAAACAAAUCGUCCAACAUUCCACCAUUAGAAUAUCAGGGUUACUCUCCUCCCUCCUCUCCUGUUGAUUCUGAUGCAGAAUACUCACCAAAACACAAGAUACUUAAAUCCGAAUACGAUCCAGAUAGUCAGACUGUGCCGUCUAAUGAUGGGUUGCAAAGUAGUGAUGUGACAAAAGACUCAAGUUCUGAUUCACAGAGACAGAAAGUGGAGUCUGAGAAAUCCCAGACAUCCAAUGAGUCUAAUGAAAAGUCUACCCCCAACACUGGCAAACCAUCAGAGAAAGCCACAGAGAACCUUUCAGACUUUCCUGACUACGAUGACGAUGACUGGUCAGCUGAUGCCAGAGACAUCUUGUUUAAAUCUAGCUCUGGUGACAACACUGCUGAGCAACUUCCUUUUGAAGAGAAGCUAGGGGAGUCGUUUGCUGAAAACUCUGAUCUUAAAGAUGAUUAUAUACAGACAAAUGAGCUUUCAAAAUCCAACAACACACUGGAAGGCUCAGUCCUUGAACACGACAGAGAAUCUCUUGAUGAAGACCCACGACUCUCCAUUGAUGAUUCCAUUGGCGACAAAGGGCUGAACGUUGAUGCCGUGCCUGAACCUCCUCAGGAUCAAAUCUCUGAGAUCCAUAUUGGACAACCACUUCCUCAAAACAAUGCAACCACAGUGGAGGAGGAUAUCACCUCAGUGGAUGAAGAGGACUCUUUCCCCAAGCCAGUUGGAGGCCAGCCGUCUCCCAGGGAGUUUCCCAGAGAUCCAUUCUCCUCUUUCCAGAGUGAACCGCCUGGCAGCGACAUUGAGCCAUUCACUGAGAAUAAACUUGUUGGUGACAUUCUCGCAAAUAGCAUGGCCUACAGCCAGACCCUCCCUCCUCAGGACGCUGGGACAAAGGACACUAAAGCGGGACACCAUUCGCCGGACAACACCAGUGACCCAGAAAGCAUUGAACCGGACUGCUCUGUUGCUGGUGCCACAGACAGCUUUGUUGAGUUCAUGAGGGAGUGCCUGAAGUCACGGCAGGACGAAGAUCCAGGAGACCUCCGACAGGGUCUCGCGGCCCAGGAUGAGUGUCCUCAAACGGGCGCUCCCCCCUCCCAAUCCUCACCAACCGUGGUCAUGGAUUUGGAGCAGGAACGCCUCACUAUUGAUGCCCUCAAAGAGUUGGGAAGCAGCCAAGAAGAGGACGACCCUCAGUCUGGCAUCGUGGCCUCUGAGAAAUCUCUGUCUUCCGUUACCUCGGCUACAACUGACCAGCUUCCCCAAAACAAGCCUGCUUCCGACAGCACGUAUUCCGAGGAGGUAGAGGCCAUCGACGUGUGGGUAGCCGAGGCCUACCACCUUGCGGAGCAUGUCUUGACCGCAAUACUAACCCACUUUUCAGUCCAGGACCUGGUCCACUGGCGCGACCCCAAGAAGUCCGGCGUGGUGUUCGGCCUGUCCCUCCUCGCCCUCCUGUCCCUGGCGGCGUUCAGUGUGAUCAGCGUCGUGUCCUACCUGCUCCUCGCCCUGCUCUGUGUCACCAUCAGCUUCCGCAUCUACAAGUCCGUCGUCCAGGCCGUGCAGAAGUCCAACGACGGCCACCCCUUCAAGGCUCUGAUCGAGAAGGAUGUCAGCGUUCCCCCCGAGACCUUCCGCAAGCAUGUGGAUGCCAGUCUGACCUACAUCAACCGAUUGCUCAAACAGCUGAGCCGCCUCUUCCUGGUGGAGGAUCUCAUCGACUCCCUGAAGCUUGCAGUGGUGAUGUGGUUGCUGACCUACGUGGGAGCCGUCUUUAAUGGCAUCACCAUCUUCAUCCUGGCCGACAUCCUCCUCUUCACCGUGCCGCCCUUCUAUGAGAAGUACAAGACCCAGAUUGAUCACUACAUCGGAAUUGCACGUACUCAAGUGAACACCACAAUGGCCAAGUUGCAAGAGAAACUUCCUGGAGCCAUCAAGCGUACGAAAGCUGAAUGAUCGUUGCUUGGAUGUCAUCCUAUUUGUCCCGUCUUCAACCGCUUCCAUUCUCAGCCAGUGAUCCCUUUUCCAUCUUAACCCCCCCCCCCCCCCCCGCCACCCCCCCAGACCGCCAACCCGCUAGGUAGAACACAAAUCUGAAAUGCUACUCAAUAUUAAAUGUAAAACGCGCAGCUUAACUAAAAGCAUUUAGAAAAAGACCUGCGCUUAUGGUGUUGACAGAACACACACCUCUAGGGGGAGGGAAGUGAUUUUUAACGCCGACACAGAACGUCUUUCAUUAAUGCAGGGUCAGGAACUUAUGACCUGGUUUCGUGUGGGAUGGGUGGUGGUCUGGCAACAAAGCAAAUGUCUGUACUGUUAACUCUACAUUCAGCUGAAAGGAAGGAAAAAAGAGGUUAAAGAGGGAAAAUGCAACUUAUUCAAAGUAACUUUUGGGUGUAAAUUGUGGCUAGUCUUUCUACUGCUCUCUAACUCUCGGUCUGUGGCAGUUGUAUGGAUAAACAAAACAUAAUUAGCGAUUGGAACGUGAUGAUAACAAUAAUUCACUGUUACAGACCAGCCUGUUACGGCUUUGUGUUUCGUUCACUUUAAAGGCAGUUGUCUUUUUUUUGUUUUGUUUGCAAUGCACUGAACUUUUUAAUUGUUAACUUUUAAAUCCCCAGAGCAGGUUGAAAUAAAAGGAUUGUAACACUGAACCAGCUGUAAUACUUCUGAUGUAGUUCACGCUGUAGUAUUUGGAUGCGUUUGGUUAAAGGUUUCUGCAUCCAGUGUCCACAUCUCCAGCAGAUGUCCUCAGUCUGUUUUCUAAAAACACCUGUUAGUAUUGCUUUUAUAAAAGGGUAAACUCCCUCUUACCAUGGUCAACCUUUUUGUUUUGUUUUAAGUCAACAAUGUCAGUUUUACAUUCACCUGUAAAUUAUUACUAUUAUUGAUAUUAUAAUUAUAAUUAUUAUUAUUACUACUAAUAGGAUUGCUGCUUUUGACUCCCUUUAGCUUUUUAAAAGCUUCACAGAAGCUUCAUAGAGCCUCAUAACUGCUUGGUAUCUUCAGUGAGGCCUCUUGGGGAAGCUGUCAGGUUUUUGUUCCCUUUUUUGGAGUUAGCUGAAAAGACAACAGAACGAUAGAUGCAGACCUAGACGUUAUCUAGUGCCUGUUGUAAUGGUCUUGUUUUGUUUUGAAUAGAAACAUCACUCAUUAUAGGCAGUAUGCUAUUUUUGUUUAUAAGAUCAUUAUUUGUGAAUGCUUCAAUGAUCGUUUAAUUUCAAUAAAAAAACAGCCAUCUAUUUUAGCGCUACUCAAAUCUCUGUAUUGGCCAAGUGUCUUCAAAAAGGGAUUUGUAAAAGCAGUUGAAAAUGAAUGGUGUAUAAAUAAAAUGGACGUUCCAGCUUCUUUUGUGACCGUCAGCGCUCUGAGACAUUGUGCCCAAAGUGAGUUUGCGUGUCACUUGUAAUUCUUGGAGCAACCCCUCCUUUCACAACGGAUCGCCACCAGAAAUCAAACAAUACUGCUGUGACGUGGGCUGUACAGUGAUCAGUCUCACAUUGCCUCAGUGCAUUAACUACUGCUCAUGUCUGUUAACCGCUGAAGUUUACCCAGCAACGUCCAUUGAACAUUCCUUCCCAUGCAUGUGAACACAUGUUGUCAGUGGUCGCAAUUCGCUCACAAUCUGGUUCCUGUUUGCAUGCGUGUUUCUAUAUAUCCAACUCCGCUGCGGUUAAUCACAAACCACUUGAAACUGGAUUGACUUGCUUUAUUGGGGGUGAAGACUGUGUUAAUUCAUUAACUAACCUCAAUUUACCAACUCAAGCUAAUAGACAUGUUUGUUCUGGAUGUUGUUUUCUCUCACACACACACUCACUCACUCACUCACUCGCAGUUGAACGUAUCUUAUGUCUUGAAACCACUGUGUCCUUGUGAUGCUGGGAUAAUUAAACUUUGCUGACAACCUCACAAUUAGGUGUUCCAGUCAGGCUUGUCAGGGGUGCUCCACUUCUUAAAACUUUCAUUGGAGGUGAUCUUACUUAGGAUUUCGAUAGGUUAUAAUGCGAAACUCACACUUUAGAUACAAUGUCUUUUUUUUUUUCUUUUCUUUUUUUACAGCGCUUUAUUCUUCCAGAGAGUGUUACAAAUACUGUAAGUCUACAUGCAUAUUUUUUUUUAAAUCUAGUUUCCUUGAUGCAUGUAGCUUUUCUCAUUUUCACUGGUUGGUUAUAAUUUUGUCUUUGGGAAGGGUGGGAGGGGAUUGACGGGAGUGUUGUUUCAUAUUUCUCUUUGGCAUUCUCUGUUUUGCUUUUUACUCUCUUGGUAACUACGUGUGUUAAAUAACAUCUCCGCAGUGAUUGUUAGCAAUUACGUUAGUUUGGAUAUUUUGGAGCUUUGGAGAAGAAGAGAAUUUUGUCCCUGUACCGAUGUCAAAGUGGAAUUAAUAAAAAAUGUCAAAGGAAAA